AUGGUGGCUAUUUUGACCUUUUAUGAUUCCGGUCCAAAUCUACUUGGUUGCAAAAGCAAUGAGGAAAGACGCUUCAGUCGGGCGACUCGGACCGAAGGCACCGGGACUGUGGCCGGAUGGCCGAUGCAAAUGGGACAAAUGGGACUGACAGCCGAAGAGACACAGAUACACUCAACUUUAUGCAUGCCAGAGGGAAUAUGCAUGCAUGGAUAA